UGAGGCAUCAUCCGCCAGAUGCAACAGACAUUGAGAAACCACCAAAGAAUUAUAGCAACAGCAGCACACACACUACACAUAGUGAGUGUGAGCGUGGGGUGGUGGGGUUAGUCUUAGCUCCCAUCAUUAACUCUACUCUCGUGGAUUUCAGCGUUGUAUGUAUAUUGUUUUUUUUUUUCUUUUUCUUUUAUUUGUUUUCAAACAUCACUUCAUACCCGCGCUUAUUAUAAAGCAAAGAAUCCGUUGAUUAUUUAAACAAAAAUCAGAGUUUUGCACCCCACAUUUUCAUUUUUCCAACACAGUGAGAGGCCAACACUUUUGGACACCAAGAAAGCAACCAUCCUCUUUUGAACACCGUAAAAGGAAAAGAAAUAAACAAAUCCCAUGUUGUAAUGUUUAUUUUUACAUACUUGGUUUGCAAGUUCUAUACUCUUUCUUUCUCAAAUCUCGAUGCAGAAAGCAGAGAGGAGGAAAAGGUCGAAUCCUAGGAAGUUUUUUUAGUAACGGGGCGGGUAAAAGACCAACAGUUUGAUUUUUCUUUGUUUUUUUAGUUGAUGCUGUUCUGUUCCGUUUUGGGAGCUGAAACAGUCUCUGUAAAGAGAAAAGGGUUAAAAGACUUGAUCUUUUUCACGGGUCUUGUUGUUUUCUUUGUUAUAUAUUUCUCACUCCCACAAAAGAAUCUGCUCUUGAGCAUGCAAGAAGGAAGAGAAAUAUAUGAGGUGAGCGGAAGAACAUGAAGAAGAUGGAAAAUAAUAGCAGCAAUACUGAUGCAAAUCAUGGAAAAGUGCUGAAGCAGAAGGAAAGGCAUAUAGUUUCUUGGUCUCAGGAGGAGGAUGAUAUUCUGCGAGAGCAGAUACGGUUACAUGGGACUGAGAAUUGGGCAAUUAUUGCAUCAAAGUUCAAGGAUAAAACGACAAGACAGUGUCGGAGAAGAUGGUUCACUUAUUUGAAUUCUGAUUUCAAGAGAGGAGGAUGGUCACCUGAAGAAGACAUGCUCUUAUGUGAGGCACAGAAGAUCUUUGGAAACAGAUGGACUGAGAUUGCAAAGGUGGUUCCAGGCAGAACUGAUAAUGCUGUGAAGAAUCGGUUUACCACUCUGUGCAAGAAAAGGGCAAAGAGGGAAGCCUUAGCUAAAGAAAACAGCAGCACUUCUUACAUCAACUUAAACAACAAAAGGGUUAUAUCUCGUAACGGGCUCAACGCGGAUGGAGGAUCCGAAAGUGCUGGACCUCUUAAAAAGAUAAUAACCAAUGUCUCAAGUACCAUGGAAAAUUUCAGACAAGGAGAAAAAUUAGCAGGCGAGUAUGGUGUUUCAGAUCAUCUACUUAGACCUCCAUUUACAGUUCUAGCUCAAAGAGUCCACAGUUGUGAGGUUAACUUCCACACUCAGCUCCAUCCCAACAAUAUAAAGGAGGCAUCAAGUGAUGGAUCUACAAAUAACAAAACUCAGAAAACAUUUCUUGAAAAGGAUGAUCCAAAGCUGCUUGCAUUGAUGCAGCAAGCAGAAUUGCUCAGCUCACUAGCAGUCAAAGUUAACACAGAGAAGACAGAUCAGAGUCUUGAAAAUGCCUGGAUGGUCCUUCAAGAUUUCCUGAAACAAAACAAUGAAAACGAUUUGCUCACAACCAGAAAUUCAGAUAGUGAUUUUCAACUAGAGAAGUUCAAAGAGUUAGUGGAGGAUCUAAGAAGUUCUAAUCAAGGCAGUAGAUCAUGUUGGAGGGAGCAUGAUGUAUAUGAGUCAUCCCCAGCCAGCUCUGAAUACAGUUCGGGAUCAACUCUAAUCUCUAACGCGGCAGGUGAUAAAACAGAAGAAUGUGAAGCUGAGGUCUGUGUGUUGCAUAAGGAAACUGGACAUGAAUUGCUAUCGGAUCAAUUAGAUCAAAAUUGUGCUUCUGAGAACAAUGGAAUAUGCCAUACUGCAAGCACAAAUGAAGUGGAGAACAUGUUGACAUGCAAUGAUGUAAAAGCUGACAAUGAAGCAGUAUGUGCAUAUUCUAACACAGGAUUCAGUUCCCCUCUUCAUGUGACACCGUUAUUCAGAGCAUUGGCAGCAGCAAUUCCCAGCCCAAAAUUUUCAGAAAGUGAAAAGCACUUCUUAAUGAAAACACUAGGAAUGGAGUCAACUUCCCCAAGCCCAAUCUCCAAUCCCUCCCAACCUCCACCCUGCAAGAGGUCUCUUCUCCAUUGUCUAUGACCAUUGUCACUCAUCAACCUUACGCGUGAUCUGUGCAGAGUCCAAGAAUCACCAAGACUAUCCCUCAGGAGUUUUCGUGAAUAGAGAUUUUGAUUUAUCUUUAAAGACUUCUUUUUCCUCGGAUUGCAGCCACCUCGACCUGAGUUUUUUAAGAAUAGGCCUGUGGAGAUCUGCUUUUUUCCUAUCUAGUGUGCUAAGGAGCAUUCUAGUUCUUUCUUUUGAAGAUCGAUUGCUGUGAUCUGCGUCCAGGAGUUCUCGUCCUAAUACUCACGUCGUUUCCCGUGUGCUUUGUAUGGUGUGUUCAUUCUUUUGUUUGUCUUAUUAUGGAACUCAGAUAUGGCACUCUGAUGUUCCUUAGAGUUCUUUUGGCUACAUAAGCCUAUAUUGUACAGACAGAACCAACACUAAAAGUUCUUAGUCACUAAAUUGUAACUAUACAAUGGCACCUCGCCAAGAUUACCUUUUAGAGAGAUUUUAUAGCAAAAGAAAUGCAGAAAAGAGAGAGAGAGAGAGAGAGAGAGAGAGAGAGAGAGAUGGAGCAGAAGAGGAUCAACUCGAUACCUCUACUGGCAUAUUUUGGUGUGCAGACUGCAGAGUACUAUGUAAUAAGUUUUCAUGGUGUUCUAGUUCUUUUCUUUUGCUGAUGUAAUCCAUAUCUAAUGGAGAGUUGAGGACACGCUUCUUCU